GACGGACACAGCUCGCUCGGUCGACGAUGGAGGAGCUCCUGAGGAAGGACGAGAACUUGUCCGAUUUCUUCAUGCUUGGCAUCAGAGACAGCGACAUGGAUGGAGAUCAUGCGACCGGAGCAGCUUUGCUUGACGAGAGAAAGUCCAUCGUGAAUGAGCUGUUGAAGAACCCUUUCGAUCCAGCGUUGUGGAAGCGACUCGUUGGCAACUGCAAGCGGCUCGCGGGCAGGUAUCCGCAUCUAGUCCAAACUAUAUUCCGUCGUGCGCUAUCCUGCUUGAAGCAACCUGGCUUGGAUGGGCAUCAGCGAUCCGACCACAUCGACAUCAUCCUCGACUACGGCGACCUGCUCAAGGAUCCAAAACGCAAGCGAGGGUUGCUGCGCCAGGCAUUGAUGGAAGGCCUUCCGCAAAACCAAACCAAGUUCUUCGAGUACUACGCCAAGUUUGAGAAGUCUCAACACGAAACCGACACGGCACACGACAUGUUAAACUUGGCGGUGGCGAAAAGUCUGUUGAGCAGCGCCGAUCGCGACAGGAUCUGGAAAGGGCUCAACGACGCCCCGCCUGCUCCAAUGGCCGUCGUAACGUCCCCCACCCCUCAACCAACGCUGCGGCGCGACUUCGUAUCAGGCAUCCAAACUCCUCGUCAACCCCAGGACGUUGGGGUGCCGCGAUCGAUAUCGAAGCUCAGAGAAGGACUCAUGACUCCGCUGUCGUCGCGGCAACACCCCUCCUCCACCCGGUCCAGUCAAAAGUUUCCCCGCAUUACAUUCGACCGAGCCAACUUGGGGUUGCCGCAGCGAGUGCUCAAGUCAGAGCACAUGUCCCAGGACUCGGACAAGGAGAACGACGAGCCUGAAAGCACUCGACCACCUACAGUAGAAUCUUCCAAGAACGUUCUUCCUGAACGACCGACCAGUGGCGCGACGCUGUGGCAGCCAUCCAAGAUUCCGCAGCGGGCUUCCACUGAUUUCAAGACCUUUGCGGCGCCAGGUCAGCCCAUUGCGUGGAAAUCCACCCCCGUUUCUGCAUCCGCCAGUGAUUUUGACAUUGAACAUGCACGCUUUGGUGAUGCAGACGCACUCAAGCAGCGCUACGGCGGUCCCACUGCCAUCGCUCGGUCCAGUGACCUGCCGCCCUCCAUUUCGACGCCAUCACGGGGAACCGCGCCAUUGGCCACGCCUAAAUCUGCCAUGGCCACUGGAAAUCAUACUGCAGUCAAACACGUCGUCAAGCGGCCGUUAUCUCCUUCCAAGCCGUACCAAGUGUCGGAGGAUUUGAUGGAUUCCCCAACCAAGAGCGACAUGGAGAUUACCUUGGCCCAUGAGUACGAAGCAUUGGAAAACCCGUCAAAGCGCCGUCGAAAUGAACCGAAUGAACGCAUCGCCAGCAGCCCCGUGACUAGCAAAGCCAACACGCCGUCGCCGCCUCCUCUCUUUAGUGCCAGUCCCAGCGACAGCCGGCCUUUGCACGUGACGGUGGUCGACCGGUUGAUUGACCCGAAGAACCAUUUCACGGUCAACGGUAUUACAUUUUUGAGCCUCAAGCAGAUCGGAUCGGGUGGCACGAGCAAGGUGUUUCGAGUGCUGGGGCCGGACAUGCAAACGUACGCUCUCAAGCGCAUCAAGAUGAAGAAGAUGGACGAGGCCAGCGUGACGAGCUACCAGAACGAGAUCAGCUUAUUGAAGAGUCUCCAGGGCAGUCCGCAUGUGAUAAAACUGGUGGCCAACGAGCUCGAUUAUAACCUCAAAGUGCUCUAUGUGGUGAUGGAGAUUGGCGAAAUCGACCUCAUGAACAAACUCAAGGAGCUCAAGCAACACAACAUCGUCGUGGAAGAAAACUUCCUCCGGAUAGUGUGGCAUCAAAUGCUGCAGGCAGUCAACUACAUUCACAACAGGCGCAUUAUUCAUGGGGAUUUAAAGCCGGCCAACUUUUUGUUCGUCAAUGGCGCCAUCAAGCUGAUCGACUUUGGAAUUGCCAAGGCCAUCUCGAACGACACGACCAACGUCAUCUUGGAGCAGGUCGAAGGCACCGCCAACUACAUGCCACCCGAAGUGGCCGCGAGCUCGCUUGGCCGCAGCGAAACCCCGCAAAAGGUGGGGCGAGCGGGCGACAUUUGGUCCCUUGGGUGCAUCUUGUACCAGAUCGUAUACGGGGACACUCCGUUCGGAAACGUGACGCACAUGAUUCAAAAGUUUAUCAUGAUCGCAGACCCCAACCACUCGAUCAGCUUUCCUCCCCUCAAGAACAAGCAGCUGGCCCACGUCGUGCAGUCGUGCCUCCAGUGGGACCCCAAGCUGCGACCAGCCAUCGAGGGCCCCCAUGGACUACUGGAGCACCCAUUCCUGUACCCCGACCGCGUGGUCGCCCCCACAGAGCACUCUGUGUGCGAGUCCCUGCGCAAGGCAACGUCUUUCGUGCAAGCCGCCACCAGGUUUAGUCGGAAUAUUGAGCACGACACGGCGAUGCUCGUGGCCGCGGUUAAAGCGGCGAAGCGAGCAAGGGCCGAGUAAUCUAAUUUAUAUGUCGUUCAGUGGAUCUCGC